UUCCCUGCUACCAUGGACUCAUUUUCUUCCCUUGAAACCCUGCGCCUGCCCCGCGGCCGGGGAUAAAAGGAGGGCACGGCCACAGGGCCGAGCACUGUGCAGAGCCCUGCAGAGCCCAGCUCCAGCCCUGCUCGCAGAUCCCUCAGCUCCACAGCACCAUGAAGGUCUCCGCAGCCGCUCUGGUCGCUCUCCUCCUCGUGGCCGCCUGCUCCCCAUCCGAAGCCCAUCUCGAUGGUGUCCCCACCACGUGCUGCUUCACCUACCACCAGCGCCCCAUCCCACGGCGCCUCAUCACCUCUGCCUAUAUCACCAGCAGCAGCUGCAGCCAGCCAGGAGUGAUCAUGGUCACCAAGAAGAAGGAGCUGUGCACAGACCCCCGGGCGGGCUGGGUGCAGGCACAUCUGCAGCACUUCCAGAGCCUGAAGAACUGAUCCUUCCCCACUGCCUCCCGUGAUGCCCCUGCUGCUCCCCCAGCCCCGGGUGCACAGGAGAGCACUUGGACUGCAGCCUUCCUCAAUGGGACAGCUUAUUCUAUUUAACUUAUUUAAACAAAGUAUUUUUUUGCUAAAAAAGGGGAAAAAAUCCCCA